AUGAUUUCGAUCCAAUUUUUCGUUUUCAUUACAUUGACUUUCUUUUACUCUUCUCAAUCCUUACAACUUGGUUAUACAUGUGAAACAUCGAUAACAUUGACAUGUUCUCCAUCUGAAAAACUUGUCAUUCUCGAAGUAAUCUAUUCAUCUGAAUGUCCAAAUCUAAAUAAAGAAUUAAAUGGCACGUCAAUGUAUCCGCCAUCUCGCUGUAUUGGCUAUCAUCGAGAACGAGCAAGUACUCAUUGUAAUGGAAAACAGAUAUGUACUAUAGACAAUAGUGUUGAAAAUCGGCCAUCAUUUCUUUCUGGUAAACAAGCUAAUUGUGCUUUUAAAGGGCAAAGCAUCAAUAUUGAAUAUUCAUGUAUUCCUGAUUUUGAGUCAAGUCAAUUACCUCCCAUUGAUAUUUGUUCAUUACAAUCUGUUGAUGAUCUCAAAGAAGGCUUUAUUCAUACACCAAAUUAUCCAAACAAUUAUUUGGAUAAUUUGACAUGCUUGAAGAAAAUAUCAACACCAGAUGCUAGUCAUCGACUGAAGAUUUAUGCCAUUGAUUUUGAUAUUGAAAGUAUCAGUAUAACUCGUUUGACAAGUACUACACGUAUUACUGACUGGUUAGAAAUCAAUAAUAAUGGAGAAAAAUUAUAUGGUACACGAUCACCGUUUACUCUUUUAUUUGAUGAUGUUAUUGAAGCAUCAUUAAUGUUUAAAUCAGAUUCAUCGAAUAUCAAACGAUCAUAUAAUGGAUUUUUACUUUAUUUCAUUGUUACACCGGUUCGUCGUUCUCGACCACCCACAACAACAAAAUUAAUACCAAGCACAGCUGUGAAUGUUUUCUCUGAUGAUGAUGAUGAUGAUAAUUCUAAAAGUUCAAUGCAACAAAAAAUAGCUGGACUUACACUAGUUAAUCGACGAGAAAAUAAUACUGGCUUAAUUUUACUGGUUGUUCUUCUUUCUGGUGCUCUUGUCGUCAUCACCUGUGGUGUUCUGUUAUACAAACGUCGUAAUGAUCGUCGUAUUCGUUAUUUAACUGAAACAUUCCAUUCAUUCGGAGGAAAAAAAUUAAAAUCUUCAACAGUCGAUUCAUUCGAUAAGAGCGAUGAAGUAAAAUUAAAUUUAAAUCAUAAUUUAGCUUCUGCUAGCGAUGAUGAUAAAUCAAUUUUAAAAUAUCCACAUGAUAGAAUUCAAGAUUUAGAUCAUAUUUAUUCAGAAGAUCCACUUGAAAAUAAAACCUUUUUAAAAACACAUGAUAACAGUGUAAUCCUAUAUGACUAUAUUGAUUAUGCAACAAUCAAUCAACAAACAAAUGAUCAACCAAAAUCCAUUUGA